GGUUCAAAGAACAUGCUCAGCAACCUAACGCCCUCCUUAUAUUCCUCCUGCCCGACCCACUCCACCAGAUACAGGAAUUGUUUCCCUUAAACAGCAUCCCAUCUCUUGGAUAUUCUCAUCAUCCAUGGCGAAUUUGGCACAGAAUUCCUGCAAUUCACCUGACCAGAUAUCGAGCUUUGCUAAAAAAUGCAAUCUUUUGAGCCGGUACUUGAAGGAGAAAGGGAGUUUUGGAGACAUCAGCCUUGGAAUAAAUGGAAAGGCUCCUGAAGUUAAAGGUACUGGGACAUCUAGUUCGCCGGCAACAACAUUGAAUCUACUCACCAACAUGGAAAAUUCAUCUGAACAUAUCACUUCGAGACAAAAGCCUGUGGCAUCUUCAAACAUGAUGAGAUCCAUGGAUUUCUUUCCUCAUUUUGUGGGUUUCAGUCCUUCAAAUUACACGGAAGACGCCAUCAACAAGGCUGAUAAUCACUUGAGGAAAUCAUCUACAAUGGAUCCUGGAACUGCCCCAAUGACUAUAUUUUACGCUGGAAAACUGACUGUGUUUAGUGACAUUCCGGCUGCUAAGGCCAAGGAGAUCAUGGCUUUGGCCACCAAGGGAAGCUCUAUCAGCCCUAAUGGGUUUCCCUCUGAUCCUUCAAUAAUAAAAGUUAACUCCGCCAAUUCUGUUGCUGCUCUUGAUUCCAAUAAUGCCCAGCAAAGACUGCAUUUACAACCAGAAGCGCCUAACGGUUCAGGUGUACCACAUGCUACAAGAGCAUCACUUCAUCGGUUCUUUUCCAAGAGGAAAGAAAGGGUUGCAGCAAGAGCACCGUAUCAAAUACAUCACCCAACUCAGGAUCUUCCCAGUUCUUCAAGACCCGAGGAAGGCAGUAACCCAUUGCUUGCCCUGGACGCAGGCCAAUCAUCAAAGCAGCUAGAUCUUAAGUUGUAGCUCCUAGCUAGCUAUUGAGAAAUUAGCUUAGCAUUCGGAUUAGCUUGGCAUGAUUAGUUCAGUUUAAUUAAAAUUGUUAUAUUAUAUUAUAUUUGCUUACAUAUUGUUGUAGGUAGGUCUGUUUAAUUUGUGUCUUGCGCCUAUUCACGCACAAAAUUUUGCAAUUAAUCUCUUCUAUAUAUUCAUCAUUUAUAAUCAUAUAUGUUCAUCAUGUGAAUAAUGCUGAAGGCUUUCAAGCUAA